CUUCACCGCAAUCAUCACCUGUGAGGUUUAAAGUAGCUUUUAGCACAGACUCAGAAUAUAGAAUAGGCUUUUGCUGUUGGAUGGAUAUUCUCUCGCUGGGAGGAGCAAGCGAACAGCCAGGUCAGGAGAAUAUCUGCUUGACACCACCCAAAGUCAGACCGAGGGGAUAAGUAUUGCAAACAUUUCCUGUUUCCAGGCAUUGUGUAAUCCUUUCCUCCCUGAGAGAAAGGCUAAUUCAGCCGGCUCAUGUGGGAGUCUCUCUGUUGCCAUGACCUCUCUCCCGCAGGCUACACAUAGACUGUAAAUAUUAGCAGUGCUGAAAGAAGAGUACGACGUAUCAAAGAAGAUGAGUGGGAUAAAACGUGUCAUGUUUUUUUAUGUUCUUUUUUAUCUAAAAGGAUUUGCAAAAGGAGGUGCUGCAGAUGUAAAAACAGUGUUUUGUGGUGUUGAAGAGAGCUGCAUCUUACCGUGCACAUUCCCAACUGGAGAAGAUGUAGUCAUCUCCUGGAAAGAGACAACAACAAAAGAAAUUCUCCUCCACUACUACAACAACCAAGACCAUCCCAAGAAUAAAGCCCAACGCUUCAGUGGCAGGACGUCGUUGAGCUCUGAAAAAGAGGCCUCACUCCGUCUGACAGGGGUUACAGUUCAGGACGAGGGAAGAUAUGAGUGCUAUGUUAGCAUACCAGAUAGCCCAGCAAAACAGUCAACAAUGGACCUAAAAGUGGACGCUCCGCCACGUAAAGUCAAUAUCCAGCAGGUGGGAAACAGGAUCACCUGCAGCUCAGGGGGGAUCUACCCUCAGCCUGAGCUCACCUGGUCCUCCAGUCCUCCAACCAAUCUGACUGUAGCAGACACACCAACUGUCCAUCAGAAAGAGAAGCUCUACAGCAUCAAUAGCUCUCUGAUAGCUCUAAAUGUCUCCAAUCUGGACUACAGCUGCACCAUCAGCGCUGGCAGAAACAAGAGGAGAGCAACUUUGUCUAAACCAGCUUUUAUCAACAUUUUCAACACUGAAACCACGAUUUCCUGCAAUCAGAACAUCACAAACACCUCCCCAACAGACUUUACCUGGAGAUUCAACCACAGUGAGGUCAUCCUGAACCGAACAACGGCCAACGACUCCUACACAGUCCCAGCGGAGUGGAGGGUGUACGUGAAGAAUGUUUCUACGUCAGGCAGCCUCAUUUUGAAAGACUUAACUUCAGAUCAGGAGGGGAUAUACACGUGUGAAGUGAACACAGCUGAGGAGGCUUAUGUAACAAACACCUUUCUUAAGGUUUUAAAAGACACCUCUGUUAAUACUGCGGCAAUUGCAGGUUCAGUGAUUGGAGCCUGUUUGUUUUUGGCAGCAAUCACUUUCCUAUUAUGGUUUUUCUUAAGAAACGGACAAGGAUACAGGACGGUUCGGUAUGUAUUGUUAUAUUACUGGACAUGUUCCUUUUCUUCUUUCUAUUUAAGAUUUCUUUUUGGGCGUUUCUGCCUUUAUUUGACAGGACAGUGGAUAGGAUAGGACAUUAGGGGGAGAGAGAGAGAGAGUUGGUAAUAACAUGCAGUUAAGGAGCCACAGGUCAGACCCAGACCACCCGCUUGGAGGACUAUAGGGCACAACAUAACCACUAGGCCAUAGACAUCCCUGUAUUACCUGUUCUUAAUUAUAUAGCACUGUACUUGACUGAUACGUCAAAGCAGAAUACAGUUUUCAUUGAGUUACAUUUGUCACAUUUAGUCUAUUAUUAUGAUAUUAAGCACUAAGUUCAGGGCAUGAAUUAAUCUAUUGGUGAGGAUUUGUGAUGCAAGUUUUGUAUAAUUUUAAUGCUGUGUAUAUGUUUUUGUUCCGAUCUAAUGGGAUUAAUGAAUCCUUCCUCUUCUUUUUUUAGGUUAAUAUUGGGUCUACAGACCAACAACUGAAAGGAGACGGACAUAAAGUGACAGGAGUUAUAGAAGUUAGAGUGUUGAUGACGUGCACUGAAAGGCCAAGAGCUGGAACCAAACCAAAGCCUACUGUGGUGAAGGCACAGCAUCAAUACAUGAGUCACACACUCUACCAACUUGCUGCCUGGCAUUCCCCUCCCCCCUAUUUCUGCAUUCUGAUGAUAAAUUCUCAAGGCAAAAACAUAACAUUUUGUUAUGUUUUGUUUGAGCCCUAAGUUUUGUAAUGUUUGCAGACCAGUGAGAGAAUGCUGGAUAAAAACGAUUCCUAUUGAUCUGUGCAUAUGAAGACAUCGGUCACUCUGUACAGUUCUUCAUGAAGAAUGUAUUAAAUGAGUGUCGACAAAUAGUCCAUAGAGAAAUGAAUGUAGAAAUGGAGAGGGAAUGAAGAUGAACCUCUCCACAUGGGAUUAAAGGAUGAAAUAAUACUUGAUGCACUUAUUUUUAGCACUGGAGCACUCCAAAAAAACAACUUUUACUUGUGUUGGAGUUUGGAGAAUCAAUUGUUGAAUUGUUGUCUGACCUCACACACACACACACACUGUAUGCAUCUCUGUGAGAGACAGCAGAGGGAAUGCAUGCAUUUGAACGCACAUUAAUCUGUUGUAGAGUUUGUAAUUCACUGUUUUCUUCUGAAACUCAGGAUGGAAAGCUAAAACUUUAUGACAUUUAAUACAGCUGUUUUUUUUUUAAAACAGGCAAGCAUACAAACCAUGAUGAAUUAAUUGCUUCUUGAUUGAUAAUCUACUGAAAAACCAUCAGGAGUUAAAUUCUAGAUGGACAUCAGGCGAUAGAUCAAAGAAAAACAACGUACUUGACAGCAGAUUAGCUAGAUUAGAUGGUUCACUGAUUGGGUGAUUCUAAAUUGAGGCAGUCUCUUCGGUGGUAAAUAUGUAUAAAUAUAUACUGUACGUGUAUAUAUAUAUAUAUAUAGAGAGAGAGAGAGAGAGAGAGAGCUAGUGUGGGAAUUAUUUUUCAUUUUCUUUAAGAUUUAUCUUUUUCAACACACCUGUCACACAUUCAGGUGUGCAGAGGUUUUUUUAAACUGUGUAUAAGAAUAUGAAUAUCCACAUUUCAAUACCACAUUUCAAUCACAAAAUGCCAAUUUGCAUCUGGCUUAACGUUAAAGCUCCUGUGAGGAACUGUUGGAAUCUUUUUGUGGGCUUUACAGAAGCAUCAGCAUUCAGUUCAGAGAAUUUCACAACAGUUAAGAAGAAAAAAAGAUUUAAUGUUGGCUAAAGUAACAAAGUUUGAAAGUUAAAUGUUCCUAUAAGCAGGCUGCCAGGUUUGUUCACUGCAUUCAUCAAAAAUAAGCCAUAAUUAAUCUGUAACACCUGCUGCAGCUUCAGAACAAAUUCUGAGGUGCUCGAUUGACUACUUUCGUCUUAUUCAUGAAUGGUUUUGUUUUUUUGUAACUUAAAGUUGACGUGUGUUUGUUUCUGUAUUUUUUUACUGCAUAAAUUAAUUUGGAUUUUUUUUCUCUUGUUCUGCUUGAAUGUUAUGAUUAAGAUCAUACCGUUGGUGCUAAAUGCAAAUCCCAUCAACCAACAGGGUUUUUAUUAGUUUGUUGUGUCUUUAUGUAAUUAAAUUGAUAUCCAUAUUCCAACAACCAAAACCAGACAAUAGAUACGAAAAUAAAAUCAA